GCUGUCUGUCUCUCUCUCUCAGGUGUGCUGUAAGGUGUGACAGCCUGAUCUGGUCCUACGACUGCCCAACACAACUGGCCGACCUAGAUCCCUCCGUGCAGUAACACUCUACAGGCCAGAGGCUAGCUAGGGCACAACAACACAGAGUGUGAUCCUCUCCACACUACUUAGUGUGCAUCUGUAUGUGACUGAGAGGGAGAUACUGAGUACCCGUGUGUGACUGUACUGUAUUUGAGGAUAUUCUCCCAGAGGACCCAGUCCUUCCCUACGUCGUCAUCAAGAUGAACGUGACGUCGCUAUUCUCCUUCACCAGCCCGGCGGUGAAGAGGCUGCUGGGAUGGAAACAGGGGGAUGAAGAGGAGAAGUGGGCGGAGAAGGCAGUGGACGCCCUAGUGAAGAAACUGAAGAAGAGGAAGGGAACGAUGGAGGAGCUGGAGAAGGCUCUCAGCUGUCCCGGACAGCCCAGUAAGUGUGUGACCAUCCCUCGGUCGUUGGACGGUCGUCUCCAGGUAUCCCAUCGUAAAGGUCUCCCCCACGUCAUCUACUGCAGAGUGUGGAGGUGGCCCGACCUACAGUCUCAUCACGAACUCAAGGCCUUGGAGUGCUGCCAAUUCCCCUUCACGGCCAAACACAAAGAUGUCUGUAUCAACCCCUACCACUAUAAGAGAGUGGACAGUCCUAUGCUGCCCCCUGUCCUGGUCCCUAGGAACAGCGACCUCACAGCGAGGCCGGGGAUGCAGCCCCGUUACCAUGGCGCCAUCGACCAGAACGAGCCUCUCAUGCCCCACAACGCCACUUUCCCAGAAUCCUUCCCUCCAGGCGGGGGCGGCAACGGAGGGUUGGCGUUCCCUUGUUCCCCUGGCAACAGCUUCCCCAGUUCGCCUGGCAGUGGGUCCAGCAGUAUCUCCGCGUUCCCCCACUCCCCACUUAGCUCCGACCCAGACAGCCCCUUCCAUGUCCCGGCUGACACCCCGCCCCCAGCCUACAUGCCUCCAGAUGAUUAUCUGAUUCAGGACUGCACCCAGCCAAUGGAAACUAACCUCCUCGCCAUGCCAACCGGCCUAGAUACCAACAACAGGCCAGAUGUUCAGCCAGUAGCUUACGAGGAACCAAAACACUGGUGUUCUAUAGUGUACUAUGAGCUGAAUAACCGCGUGGGUGAGGCGUACCUGGCGUCAGACUCCAGUGUUCUGGUCGACGGCUUCACCGACCCGUCCAAUAACCGCAACCGCUUCUGCCUCGGCCUGCUGUCUAACGUCAACCGCAACUCGACCAUAGAGAACACACGCAGGCACAUCGGCAAAGGUGUCCAUCUCUACUACGUAGGAGGUGAGGUGUAUGCCGAGUGUCUGAGUGACACCAGUAUCUUCGUUCAGAGUCGUAACUGUAACUAUCAUCACGGUUUCCACCCCACCACGGUGUGUAAGAUCCCUAGUGGCUGCAGUCUGAAGAUCUUUAACAACCAGGAAUUUGCCCAGCUACUGGCCCAGUCAGUGAACCACGGCUUUGAGGCUGUUUACGAGCUCACCAAGAUGUGUACCAUACGCAUGAGCUUCGUCAAGGGUUGGGGUGCAGAGUACCACCGCCAGGACGUGACCAGCACCCCCUGCUGGAUAGAAGUGCACCUGCACGGCCCUCUACAGUGGCUGGACAAAGUCCUCACACAGAUGGGCUCUCCCCAUAACGCCAUAUCCUCCGUGUCCUAACACACACAGCCACACACACACACAGACACACAGACACACACACACACAGACACACAGACACACACACACACAGACACACACACAGACACACACACACACAGACACACACACACACACACACGCACAGGCACACACAGACACGCACAGGCACACACAGACACACACAGACACACACAGACAGACACACACAGACACACACACAGACACAACACACAGACACACACAGACACACACAGACACACACAGACACACACACAGACACACACACAGACACACACACAGACACACACACAGACACACACACAGACACACACACACAGACACACAGACACACACACAGCCUCUCCACAUGUUCAAAUGUUAUUUUUGUAACUUCUUUUUUUAUUAGUUAAAAUCUGCUGAGAGAAAAAACCACAACACAACGUUAUUCAUCAUCCCAUAUUACAAUAUCUGUCUUGACUGGAGUAGCCUAGAGAAGCAGCUAUGGCUAGCUAGGCUAAUUGAGGCCACGUGCUGCAAUUUCUCCCCAACCCCAUUCAGAUGAAAACAUCCGCCUUCCUAUUGGUUACUCCCAACCCCAUUCAGAUGAAAACAUCCGCCUUCCUAUUGGUUACUCCCAACCCCAUUCAGAUGAAAACAUCCGCCUUCCUAUUGGUUACUCCCAACCCCAUUCAGAUGAAAACAUCAGCCUACCUAUCGGUUACUCCAACCCCAUUUUUGCUAACUUUGAGUUCACAUAUGUUAUUCCAUCUUGCAUUAGUGAACUCACUCCACUUGCGUCACAUUGAGCCUCUUUGAUUGGCCAACAUAACAACAAGCUACACAGUAAAGGCUACCGGUCUUUUUUACAGGACCACAUUAUAAAAACUACCUUGAAAAGUUUGUGAAUUAUCUGAUAUUUCAUGGUAUAUCCUUGUAUGUAGCAAUGUCACAUGGGUAAUUUUAAUUUACCAUGACCAAGCUGGACAAUCAGGACUGAGGGAUUAUCUGGCCUCAAUCGGGACCGAGACAUCUGUGAUCGGCUAGCACUGCCUGGCCUCAAUCAGGACCGAGACAUCUGUGAUCGGCUAGCACUGCCUGGCCUCAAUCAGGACCGAGACAUCGUCUGUGAUCGGCUAGCACUGCCUGGCCUCAAUCAGGACUCUUCUGUGAAGGACUUAGGUAGGACACACGUGACUGUCCUCGAUGAAUGGUGGCUAUCGAGGAGAGGAGGGACGGUCUUCCGUUCGCCUGCUAACGAAUUGCCAUCUCCUUGACUACCUAUUGGUUUCUGGGUCACGGAGGAGAGCGGGUGGAGGAUGGACUUUAGCCCAAAUGAGAGAAGGCCCUUUCCAGUGCGUUUAUAUUCCUCUUUAUAUUCAGGUUAUGUCCCAAAUGGAACACUUGUUCCCUUUUAUAGUGCACUACUUUAACCCCAAUGGACCGUGGUCAAUAGUAGUGGACUAUAAAUGUAAGAAGGGUAUCAUUUGGUUGUUGUGUCACUACAGUAGUAUAUGUUUAUCUCAAAUGGCCCCCUAUUCCCUACAUAGUGCACUACUUUAGACCAGGACCUAUAGGGCACCCUAUUCCCUACAUAGUGCACUACUUUAGACCAGGACCUAUAGGGCACCCUAUUCCCUACAUAGUGCACUACUUUAGACCAGGACCUAUAGGGCUCUGUAUAGGAAAUGGGCUGCCAUUACAAACAGACGUGAUGUGCUGUCUGUUCCAUAAACACCUGUAGUUUUUAUUUUUUUUAAUUGAAAUAAAAAGCGAGCAUUUCUUAUUGGA